AUGCUGGUCUCAUUGACUGUCGGCAAGGUCGAUGCGGGUGUCGCUGUUCUCUUGACUGAGGACAAUCGUCUGAUCGAGUUUCCUUCCGUUCUGCUCCCCGCCGGGAUCGCCUCUGGCAGCAUCGUUGAUAUCACAGUCGCGCGCAAUCAUGCCGCCGAAACCGCCAAUGCAACCGCCUUCCAAUCUCUCCAGAAACGCAUCUUGAAUACCUACGGCGUCAAGACCCCCUCGCCCCCCAUUCUACGACUACGCAAUGCCACUCAGACCUCCCUCGUCUUGGAGUGGGAUCCAAUCGACCUGGCCACAGCGUCCCUGAAAUCGCUAUCCUUAUACCGCAAUGGCUCCAAGGCCGGCUCGAUACCCCGCCCCCUCGAGACUCGAAGCACCAAGAUCAGCGGUCUCGCGGUCCACCAUGAAUACACAUUCCAUCUUGUGUUGCGCACGACGGCCGGCACCUAUCAGUCGGAGAAAUUGACAUGCCGCACGCACAAGAUGACCGACCUCUCCGGCAUCACCGUGACAGUCGGGAUCCUGGAUCCCCAGCGCAAGGAGGCCCUCGGUCACGCAUUGGAUCGCAUCGGUGGCAAGAUGAUUGACUCUGUGCGCAUUGACACAACUCACUUUGUCUGCUCGGAGGGACGGGGUCCGCUGUGGGAAAAGGCCGUUGAGAUGAAUAUCCCGGUGGUAGUGCCCGAGUGGGUGGACGCGUGCGAGUCCGAGGGGACCAUCGUCGGCGUUCGUGACUACUAUCUCAAUGCGGAUCCCAAGACGCGUAGGCUGGGCACGCUUCAUGGCUCCCACCAGCGUACAACAUCCACCAUGUCCACAACAUCCACCGUCAACCCGGGCCGCGCUAGCCUGCAGCCUCCUCCGAUUCAAGAAGAGGGCCCUGCAUCAACCGAACCGCCUCUCACGCCCUUCCCUGGUGGUGAUAUGAGCGGUCAACCGCAAGCUAAGGACGAUGAGGUCGGAUCUGACGAGGACGAUGAACUAGAUGUGCCUCCCCCGCCGCCACCGCCAAAGGAUGAGGUUUCUCAGCAGAAUGGGGUGGCUGAGUCGGGCCAAAAGAGCGGUGCAGACUCGGGCGACGAAGACAAGCUCUCGAGUAGAGAAGGCACUCUUCCACAGCAUAUGCCGGAGGGAGGGUCUCAGAACGCAGACCAUAACGGAACUGAAAAGGGCAAAGCUAAGGAAGGCGAGGAGGAUUUCAACGAAGUUCCUCUCUGA